AAAGAAUAAUAAUGUUUCCUGUAUUAGUAAUGGAAAAACAGCGUACCAGAAAAACUGAGUUAAUGGAGAAGGAAGAAAUUAAGAAAGGAUUUUAAUUGUGGAUUAAGUUAAGUAGGAAGAGUAGCUCCCCAAACCCUAAGAGCUUGUGGGCCCCUCUAACUCCUCGAUGUCAUCUCCUUCAAUUGCUUCUUUCUCUUAUCAUCCUCCUUUCUUCACUGCCUUCGUCUUUCUUCCAUGACCAUGGCAGAGAGAGAGUGAAAACAGAGACCUUUCACAGCUUCUCAUUUUGUUUUGCCUCUUGUCUCUUCUAUUUAGCUACUACCUCCAAUAACCCUAAUCAUCUAUCUAACUCUCAGCUCCACCAUUAACACACAACUCCUCUCCAUCCUGAGCUCUGUUUGCUGCAAAAAGUUUUUCUGGGUUUUUUUGUUCUCUUGUUUAUAAUUCGAUUUUUCUUCCAUUUGGGUACCCAACAAAAGAGUCAAAGUGAUUUCUUGCUUUUCCCUUCCAAAGCCCUAAUCUCAAAGACAAAGUCAGACAAAGUCUCAACCUUUUCUAUGUUUUCCUCUGCUCAACUCGCAAUUCCUGCUUUUGGAUUAUCCUUCUCCUUCAGAAAAUCGAGCUGAGUGUGUUGAGUUCCCCUGCUGAUUUCUGAUCUAUCUAACACUCCUUCGCACACCAAUGGACGAUGAUGGAUCUGCUCAUAGCUCAUUGUUGGGAGAUCUAUCAACCGAAGAGGUCACAAGCAAGAUCAUUCUCACAGCAAUCGUUGUUCUGUUCAUGGCUGUUCUCUUGGUCCUUAUCCUCCACCUCUACGCCAAACUCUACUGGUGGCGAAUAGAUCAGCUCCAACAACAGCAGCAACAACAAGAACAAGAACAAGAACUAGAACUAGAUGACCAAUCAUCCAUUGCUCCACCAGUAAUCACUCGCCGCCAACGACGCCGUUUCAUCUUCGUCCCGGGGCAAGACGCUCCAUCCAACACUGGUCUUACCCCUUUUGAGCUCAGUUCUUUACCAGUUGUCUUUUUCAGACAAGAUAGCUGCAAAGAUGGGUUGGAAUGUGCUAUUUGCUUGUCUGAGCUUGUCAAAGGAGACAAAUCGAGGCUGCUUCCAAAGUGUAGACAUAGCUUCCAUGUUGAGUGUAUUGACAUGUGGUUUCAGUCUCACUCAACUUGUCCCAUCUGCAGAAACACGGUUCUUGGUCCUCCUGAGCAAGGUAGCUCAAAGAGGAUUGAACAAGUUCUUGAAAAUGCUGAUGCUGGAAGCACCAAUAUCAACCAUGAUGCGUCCCAAAUUUCAACUUCUGUCUCCAAUUCUUCCCCGGAAUUCCCGACCAAUGUCUUGGUGUGGGGUCGCCAGGAUCAGGUUAGUACCGGAAACACCAAUGUCGGGCCUCAAGAAGAUGCUACUGGUUCUGCUUCACAGAGUCAAGAAGCUGUUGUUCUGGAUAUCAAUGAUUCUACUACAGUUAGAAGCCAAAAUGUACCGUCUUCUUCGUCAUCGAUGAGGUUUAUUGUUGAGGAUGAAGAACCAAAAUCUCCAAUGACAACGAGGCUGAGAUCCUUAAGGAGGUUUCUGAGCAGAGACAAGCGAGUCUCUUGUAGCAAUACUAGCAGUAGUAGUAGUAGCUCCAAUGCUGUUGCUUCUUCUGUUGAUCCUUGAAGAUUUGUGAUUAGAUUAGCUGAGUAAAAAGAUUGCCUGAAGAUGUCACACUGUAUUGGUCUCGGCUCUGAUUGGCUUUGUGUUUGAGAGCUUUCUUUGUCCUCUUUAAGUGAAAUAUCAUUUCUAUAUAUUCCAAGGGUUUUUUAAAUUCAA